AUGGCCAUCAGGAGGUAUGACAUUCCCCAGUACGGCAGCCGCAGGAAGCUGAUCUCUCCGACAGGCCUGUAUGACGAGUACGGAGAGGUGGUGGUGGAGGACGACGGGAGCUACUACUACAGCCCCCAGGAGUCCGAGGGAGAGGUUGCAGGGCGUGGUCGUGGGCGUGGUAAAGGUCCACCCCCUCCCUACAUCCACCCGGGUCCUGGCCCCCGAGGCCCCCCCAGGCAGGCCCCCAGCGGCAAGCAGGACCAAGCCCCACACACUCCCUCCAGCGAAACAUUCUCCCAGGGACCCCCCCAGGAAUCCACAGCCGUUUCAAGGCUCCAGGCUGUGAUGAGGCUGCUUGUGUCUGGGACCAAGUCUCCCAGCUCGGGACCUGGCCUGCCCCCCACCCUCCACCCCCCCUGGAACAAAGCCCGGGUCCACCCCCUCGGCGCCACAGGGGAGGGGGGCGGCGUCCCUCCGGGGCGGGCCGGCAGCCUGGACAUCGAUGGGAGCUACUUCCAGAGCACCGCCGCCGAGGACGAGGAACCUCGGCCCUCGGCCAUGCUGCGCCUGGGAUCGGCCCUCACCCGCCUGACCCUCACUCGCAGACCCGCCGGGGCCGCGGGUGAGGAAGGGAGGGGGGGAGGCGUGGAGGGGCAGGCGGGCUCGGUGGGGGAGAGGAGCGUGUCUGCGUACGUGUCCCGGGUUUCCAGGGCGGCAGGGGAGGAGAGGAGGGGGCGGGGGGGAGGCCAAGGGGGACCGAGGGAGGCCAAGGGGAGCGAGUCUGAGGCGGGCGGCGCUGGGUGGGGGGUCCGGGACGAGGGUUACUCCGACAGGAGCAGCUCUCCGUCCUCCGGCGCGGGCCGGACGUUCCCAGGAGAACCCUCGGACAGACUGCAGGGCCGGGAGAACGUUCCGGACUCGGAUGACGAGCAGGGGGGAGUACUGGGGGGUUCUGAAGAGGAGAGCCGGUCGCAGACGGAGACCGACUCUGACUCGGAGAAGGAGGCGGAGUCCGAGACGGAGGGGGAGGAGUCCCAGACCGAGAAGGAGGAGUCGGAGGCGGAGAGCCAGCCUGGCACCGCAGAGGAAGAGGAGGAAUCUGGGUCAGGAUCAGAGAGUGAGGAAGAGGAAGAAGAGGGGAGUGGGACGUCGGGGGAGAGUGGGGAAGGCCCAAAAUCGACCGCCCACGGCUCCUCCUCUUCCUCCUCCAGUAGCACAAGGACGUCGGGAAGUUCGGGCAGGAAGUCCUCCUCAGACACGAGCCCCUCUGGGUCCACCAGGACACCCAGACCCAGGACCUCCACACACACACGCUCAUCUGGGUCAGUAGACACCACCCAGGACAGUGAGGAGGAGAGCUCGGGAGAGGAGGAAGAGAAAGGGCCAAGCCACGGGGAGUCUACAUCCAGGCGGUCCAGUACCAGCCAAUCAGCCGUCUCCGCUGGGCGGAGACGGGGCUUUGGUGGCUCCAGCUACCAUAUAGACACGAGCACUGGUAUGACUGACACCUCUAGCGACCUAUCACCCAUCACUGAGGAUGACGAGGAGGAGGUUACCACGGAUAGAACCAUCAGCAGCCGUAGCCAUGGAGACCGUUCCGAGACCACAGAGGAAGAGGAUGAGGAAGAGAGGGAAGAUUGAAAUGCAAACGAAGGCAUAACAUCUUAAAUGAAAUUCAUAUUCAUUAAUACGGGAGGAAGAAGCGUAUCAAGCUGGUGGUGGACCGGGAGUACGAGACCAGCUCUACCGGGGACGACAGCGCCCCAGAGUCCAUCCACCGG